AUGUCGCGCAUCAACGGUCGGUUUGCGGGGCACGGCCAGGAGCACGAGCUGCAGCGCAGCGUAAAAGAGCCCGUCUAUAUUUGGCGCAAGGAAUGGGUCGUCCCCACUGCGCUUUCGAAGCCGGCGGGCGCGGUGCCAGGCCUGGCCGAGCGGAUGGGCGUCGACGCCUCGACGCGCUCCGAGACGCCGCUGCGUAUCCUCAAGUGGGUGCGUACCGAGCAGGUGGCGCAGUAUGAAGAGGAGCCGGAAGUGGUCGAGGCGGCGGCCGACGCGCCCCCGCCCGAGACGGUGCCAUAA